AUGACCAGUCUCAACUUGUACUAUAUUAUUGAUAAAUCCCCUCACGGUAAAUCCUCAGGGAAAACUCCUCCCGCCCUGUCCCGGGGUGCCCGCACAGCCCGUGCCGGGGGAGGGCCCAGCGGCGGCCCGCCGAGAGCCGCACAGCGCCCGGGGCCAGGCAGGCCGGACCUCCCGCCCGCGGGGCUUGCGGCCGGGGGGACAAGGCGCUCAUCCCGCUGUUUCCGCGGCAGCCUCCCUCACAGGAGCCCGCCGGGCUGUGCCCCUCACGGCAGCCCCGGGCCCGAGCCCCCUACGGCAGCCCCCGGCUGUGGCUCCCUCAACGGCAGCCCGGGCCCGAGCCCCUCACGGCAGCCCCGGGCCGAGCCCCCUCACGGUACCGCGGCCGGUACCCGGCCGGUACCCACCGCUACUGGCGCCUGCCGCAGCCGCCGCCGCGCCUCGCGCGAACCGCCGGCGGCCCAGACCCCGCCCGGCCUCCCCUCCCCUUCCACUGCCGGAUCCGCCCCUUCCCUUCCUCCCCUCGUUGCGGCCAAUGUCUUCCGCGGCCGUGCUGCGGGUGGGCCGGAACGGGCGCGGCCCCGAGCCGGCGAGGCGCUGCCUCCUCGCUCUGCAAGCGGCGGCGCGAGGAGCCGUCCGGAAGCGGAGCCUCUUCAGCUGGUGGCAGACGUCGUCCUCGCCAAUGUAGCGCGCCGCGGGCCGGCCCGGUCGGCCAGCCGGGCUCCCGGAGGCCUCUCGCUGGCCUGGUGCUGGCUCCCUGCGGGUUCCGGGUAUCCCUGUGGGUCGCGGCCCGCCGAGAGCAGCGGCGGCGUGGCUAGGUGCCGGGACGCGAAGGGGCAGCCCCUGCGCCGGGCAGGACAGAGUGACGGGCACUGCACAGCCUGUUCAGCUUCUCGCACUUACAGGCUGUUCCUCACUCAGAGACCGCGGAACAGUCAGCAAGUGAAGCCCGAGUGUCUGCUGUUUGAGAAUGAACCAGUUCAGAAGUACGUUAAGGAUGCCAUCACACGGGACAGAGCAGCUCAGAGCCUGCGGCCCCCUGUGGGAAGCACUCAGCGGAUCCUCCAGGAGCUCCAGCCCCCUGUGGGAAGCACUCAGCGGAUUCUCCAGGAGCUCCAGCCCCCUGUGGGAAGCACUCAGCGGAUCCUCCAGGAGCUCCGCUCCUCCAGGCAGGAGAAGAGGAAGGAGAACCGGUACCGUGUCAUAGCCAGCCACCGACCCGCCUGUGCUGAGACAGCCGUGCCUGCCACAGGGGCUGGGGCUGACACUGAUGGGCACGGGGCAGGCUCUGGAGCACAGGAAGAUGCUUCACAGGAGGAGAGCGGUGCUGCUGAUAAGAGUUCGGACUGCUGUGGGAAAUUCCAGUUGUUUGAUAUUGUCCAAGAAGAGGAGAUGGUGGGAGACUGCAGCGUAACCUCUGCCAACCCCCAGAAGAUCGAUCCAGAUGUGAUUCUUUGCAAUGCAGUAGAGAUGAUCCGUGAGCGUUUAAAUGUUUCUGAAGAUGCUAAAAAGCACUGUGAGAAGGAAGAUGAGUAUGUUUAUGACAUCUACUAUAAGGAAACAUCAGCCCCUGGUUGGAUUGAAAAUAUCCUUUCUGUACAGCCCUACAGAGAAGAAUAUGAAUGGGUAAAUGAUGAUCCUGUUCCAGAGGAAGUGUAUGAAGAUGAAGAUGAUGAAAAUGAUGAAAAUAACUGGCGGAAUGAUUAUCCCGAAGAAGAUGAAUUCUUACCCGAGGAAGAUGGAGAAAAAGAGCCUGAAGAGAGCUCCAGUGAUGAGGAGCAAUAUUACAGGAGAAGAACGUGGGACAAAUACCGACAGGAGGUUCUACAGGAGUUCGGAUACGACGAGAUGGAAGAUUUGGGUUCUGACUGAAAGUUCUUUUUUGAAGAUGAAACGUGUGCUGAAGGUGAAACUCUGCUGUGGUAGGAGAAUGCAGCAUGGGAACAGCCAGCUGCAGCUGGCAGAUCUCAAACAGAUGGGUGUCUGUGGCCACUUGACAACACAGAUUUUUGUUCGAAGCACAAGUGUUGUACAGAGGUUCUGAAGGAACUUUUUUUUUCCCCAAAGCUCCCUGCCCAAGCGUUUGUUCCUGUAGUGCCCAUACCUCCAUGUCAUACAUGUAUGACCUCCACGUCAUACAUGGAGGUGCUGUUGGCAGCAGCCCUUCUGGUCAUGGCUGAUGUGCCAGGUUUCACGAGAAGUGUGUGUCUGCCCUGAUGGCAAGUGAAGUCCUUGAGAAAGGCACUGUCCUAGUGCUCUCUACUGUAUUUGUUUCUAAGUGUAAGUGACUUUCUUUACAAGUGUUGGAGCAUAUGAAAUGCCCUGACCUGUCCAUUGCUCUCCCAGUAGUUUUACUGUUGGAGUAGAACAGUGCAUGCUUAAAUUGUAAAUAAAAAUGUUUUGACUAAGUUUUCUGUACUAAAAGAUCAUAAGAAGUUGGUACAGCAGAAGCCACACCAUCUUAACUUGCAUUUAUACACCUUUAAAACCAUUUAAUCCUCUGUGUUUGAACACACCAAGUGUUUCAGCACUAUCCUCCUGGAGUCUGUAAAGAAUGGCUGAUAGGAUGUGAGAUCAAUGUCAUGCAAGAGCUUUAGGCUGCAGCACUGGCUUUAGGCCAGUUAGUUCUGACUGGUAAAGUCAAAGUAGUGGAGGCAAAAUUUUUUCAUUGUUGGUUUCAGAGCAAGGUUAUCUGGCCCCAGAUAACCUUUGUUACCUUUGCCACGACCCGUGCCUGUUGAAGCUCUGCUUGUUCACUGGACAGAUGGCUCAGUUUGGGUACUGAAUCUAUUCCAACCAUUUACAAGAUUAAAAAGCUGGAUUAAAAUGGCUAAAUUAUAGUUUUUAUUUAGUAGUGAAAAGACCAGACAUGUUUUAUGCACAGUUGGCACAUAACUUCCUCAGCUAGAAUUUAACUCCCUUAAAUCCCAAUGCUGCUCCAUAAACGUAUCCCAGGGCUCCAUUUGAUGUUAGUCUUCACCAUCCACCACCAUGUGCCCUUCUCUGCACUUUCUAAGAUAACCUUGGUCAUGGGGUCAGUGCAAAAAUCCAAAUAUUCCCACUGUUAUUCAAGUGGCUGAUGAAAAUGUGGUGCACCUUUGGAAGUGUGCAUUGCUUCAGCCAUAAUCUGAUUACAGGAUUUAGUUCAGCUCAAGUGCACAAAACAGUACCUGUGGCCAAACUCAGAUCAACUGAGGGAGACACUCUGAACUAAGGUAAAGAUUCCAGGUAUGUUUCUGAAGUACAUCUCACUCUUGUAGCCAAAGAGGCUGCUGCUUCUUGCCUUUUGCUGCACUAAAAUUCAGUAUUACAGGUGUCCUGAGGUCAGACUUACAGCUAUGAAAUUACAAAUAUUACUCAUUAGCAUGCCUGUGCUGCAGUAGUACUUUUACUUCCAUUUUUAUUUCUACUUUCUCUCCCUGUUGCUUAGCUUUCAGGAUCUAGUUUUUGCCACAGAACUUCUGCUAUAGAGGAAAAAAAAAAGAAAGUGGUUUCUUCUGUGAGGUAGUCUUUUUCUGAUGAGCAGUACUGAUAGUAAUAAAGGGAAUUUUCUGACUGCUGAGGU